UGUUGUGUUCGGACUGAAUUUACCGUUAGCCGAACUGUCUUAGUGUUUGCACGUGCUUUUCAGUGUCAGGAAUUCGGAGAAUAAGCCUGUCUAUAGGAAUAAUGACGGCGGAUAGUGUCCCCCAGCCCCCUGCCAAAAAACAGCGGCGAAACUCAGUAUGUGUUGGUUGUGGUUCCAAUAUACAUGAUCAGUUUAUUUUACGAGUGGCACCGGAUCUGGAAUGGCAUGCAUCUUGUUUAAAAUGUGCUGACUGCAACCAGUAUUUAGAUGAAACAUGCACAUGUUUUGUACGUGAUGGGAAGACAUAUUGUAAACGAGAUUACGUGAGAUUAUUCGGUACCAAGUGUUCAAAAUGUAGUCAGGGUUUUAGUAAAAGUGAUUUUGUGAUGCGAGCUCGAGGACAAGUAUUUCAUAUAGACUGUUUUAGAUGUGUAGCUUGUAGCAGGCAGUUGAUUCCUGGCGACGAAUUCGCCUUGAGAGAAGAUGGAAUAUUUUGUAAAGAUGAUCACGACGUGGUGGAGAAGGCAGGGUGCGAGUCGCCCCUCCCUAAUAAUAAUAAUAUAAUAAACAAUAAUAAUAAUAAUGAGAAAAAAUAUAACAAAAAUAAACAUGGUGAUGAACAUGUGGAUAUCCAAUUAGCAGGUCGACCAGAAAAGAGUGGUCAGAAAACGAGACCUCAAAUUCACAAAUCAUCCGAUCAUAAAACUACCAGGGUCCGUACUGUGCUGAAUGAAAAACAGCUUCAUACUUUACGGACAUGUUAUAAUGCUAACCCCAGACCGGAUGCUUUAAUGAAGGAACAGAUGACGGAGAUGACCGGAUUGAGUCCUCGAGUGAUCCGAGUCUGGUUCCAGAACAAGAGAUGUAAGGAUAAAAAAAGGAGUAUUUUCAUGAAACAGCUACAUCAACAACAUCAAGAAAAGCAUGUUAACGGUUUAGGCAGACCAUUAAAUGGUGUACCAAUGGUUGCUACCAGCCCAGUUCGUAAUGAUGGCACUGGUAUGCAAUCAAACCAGGUUGACGUUCAGAGUUAUCAAACACCGUGGAAGGCUCUCAGUGAUUUUGCAAUGCAAGGAGACAUGGAUCCUCACAACGCUCCUUUUAGACAAUUGAUGAAUACGUUCGAUCCAAUGCAUCAAGGGUGUAUGAAUAUGAAUGGCUCCUCACCGGAAACAGAUCCAAUGCUGCAGCAUCCGGGUUACAUGCACACUGACGACAUGCCGAGCUCUGUUAAUUCCGACUUUCCUCGGACGCCAUCCGAUCUUUCGAGCCCUAUAAGUCAGUGA